GCACCUGUUACAAGCGUUUAGCUGACGUCGAUUUUGCCGGGAAGUUUGGGGUGUAGUUUUUUGUCUAAACAGAGAAAAUGAGUUUGUGGGUUGACAAACACCGACCGUCGUCUCUGAAUAAGCUAGAUUAUCACAAAGACCAAGCUACUCUUCUUAAGAAACUUGUGCAUGGAGGAGAUUUUCCACAUCUGCUUGUCUAUGGGCCAUCAGGGGCAGGAAAAAAGACUCGCAUCAUGUGUCUAUUGAGGGAGUUGUAUGGAUCAGGAGUAGAAAAACUACGUAUAGAGCAGCACAAUUUUACCACCCCAUCCAAUAAAAAGAUUGAAAUCUCAACCAUAUCCAGCAAUUAUCAUAUUGAGGUCAAUCCAAGUGAUGUUGGAAUACAAGACAGAGUUGUUAUCCAGGAACUAAUCAAAACUGUAGCACAAACAAACAACUUGGAUUCCUCACAGAGAGACUUCAAAGUCGUCGUACUGACGGAGGUAGACAAGUUGACAAAGGAUGCUCAGCACGCUCUCCGUCGUACGAUGGAGAAGUACAUGGCGACGUGCCGACUGAUUCUCUGCUGUGUUUCUACGAGUAAAGUGAUUCCAGCCAUCCGCAGCAGAUGUCUGGGAGUCAGGGUCGCAGCUCCGACCCUUGAAGAAAUAACAAACAUUCUCCAAACAGUUUGCAAGAAAGAGGGUUGUCCGAUACCUAUAGAAUUAGCUAGGAGAGUAGCUGAGAAAAGCAAACGAAACCUCAGGAGAGCAUUACUGAUGGCAGAAGCAUGCAAAGUUCAGCAGACUCCAUUAAAAGCAGACCAAGAGGUAUCAGAACCCGACUGGGAGGUGUAUCUAAGGGAAACAGCCAAUAUGAUAAUUCAACAGCAAUCUCCACGGCGAUUGCUGGAGGUCAGGGGUCGUCUCUAUGAACUUCUGACUCACUGCAUACCAGCAGACAUCAUUAUGAAGGGAUUGUUACAAGAAUUGAUUAAUAACUGUGAUGGGGAGCUGAAAACAGAGGUGGUGCAAUCUGCUGCAUUUUUCCAACAUCGACUCCAGCUCGGACAGAAGGCGAUAUAUCAUCUGGAAGCCUUUGUAGCCAAGUUCAUGGCCAUCUACAAACGAUUCAUGGAGGAAAACAUUGCAGAUCUCUUCUAACAAAUCUAAUGACUAAGGAAAAACAUUGCAGAUUUUUUAAACAAAUCAUAUGACUUUGCCAAUGUCAGUAGACAUUAAAAGUGCCGAUUAAGUAGAGUAUGUGAAAGAAAAGAAAAUUUCAGAUUGAAUAUUUUUGCAUUGAUCAAAAACACAUGAAUUCCUGUGUUUGUCAUGUUCCUGGAAAACAACUCAGAGAAAUAAAUUAUGCAGAAAUGUA